CAAAAAAAAAGAAAAAGAAAAAGGAAAAGAAAAAAAACAGAAAGAAAGAAAAUAAUGACGUUGAGGAUAUUUGAAAAUGGAUCCCUCUGAAGUCUGAACCUUUUUCCCUCUUCAAAUCAAAUCUCUCUCAGUUUCUCUCUCCUAAAAUGAAACUCAAGUUGAACUAAUAAUCAACUUCAACACCUUUCAAGUAGGAGCAGCAACUAGCAACUAGCAACCUGCAACCCUCAACCCUAGAGAGCAUCAAACUCAGUCGGAUUUCAAAUGCAAGAACUCUUCGGAUCAGUUCGGCGAUCUCUGGUGUUCCGUACAUCCUCUUCAUCUUCAUCCUCCCCAAAUCCAGAAAACGACGUCGGAUUCGGUGGUUUCGUUGAUAAAAUUGGUUCCUCCAUCCGUAAAUCUCGUAUUGGUAUUUUCGCCACGAAAUCACCCGCUAAAGCCCUCCCUUUCUCUCCUGCUAAGGAGAAUAUGCCGCCGAUUCCUACUUCUAAAGAUGAAGCUCCGCCUAUUCGAUGGCGGAAAGGCGAGUUAAUUGGUUGCGGCGCUUUCGGAAGGGUUUAUAUGGGAAUGAACCUUGAUUCUGGUGAACUCCUUGCUGUUAAGCAGGUUUUGAUUGCUUCAGGUGGUGGUGCUUCCAGAGAGAAAGCUCAGGCUCACGUACGGGAGUUGGAGGAGGAAGUGAAGCUUCUGAGGAAUCUAUCGCAUACAAAUAUAGUUAGGUAUUUGGGGACUGCAAGAGAGGAUGAGGCUUUGAAUAUCUUGUUGGAAUUUGUUCCGGGUGGAUCUAUUUCCUCGCUUCUUGGCAAGUUCGGAUCAUUUCCAGAGUCGGUCGUAAGAAUGUACACUAAGCAAUUGCUACUAGGGUUAGAAUACCUGCAUAAGAAUGGGAUCAUGCAUAGGGACAUUAAGGGCGCAAACAUUCUUGUUGACAAUAAAGGAUGCAUUAAACUUGCAGAUUUUGGUGCUUCCAAGAAAGUUGUUGAGCUGGCUACUAUGACUGGGGCAAAGUCAAUGAAGGGAACACCAUAUUGGAUGGCGCCUGAAGUUAUUCUUCAGACUGGACAUAACUUCUCUGCUGAUAUAUGGAGUGUUGGCUGUACGGUCAUUGAGAUGGCCACAGGAAAACCUCCCUGGUGCCAGUAUCAGGAGGUGCAAGCGCUAUUCCAUAUAGGGACUACAAAGUCUCAUCCUCCUAUUCCUGAACACCUUUCAGAUGACGCAAAGGAUUUUUUGUCCAAGUGCUUACAAAAGGAACCAUGCUUAAGGGCAUCAGCCUCAGCACUUCUACAGCAUCCGUUUGUCACUGGAGAAUAUCGGGAAUCUCAACCUUAUCGUCGUUCAGUUAUGGAUAGUAGCGGAAAUCAAACUGCAAUUCCAACAGAUCAGAAGAGCAUAAGCAACGUAAUGAGGUCAAUAAGCGGCGGAUUAAAAGAUAUUUGCAAUAUGGGCAGUGUGAGAUGCUCAACAGUUUACCCUGAUAAAUUCUCUGGUAUAACUCCUCUUUGGGGAACAAACACUAGUGAUGAUGACAUGUGUAUGCUAGAUGAUAAAGAUGACUUUGCCUUGAGUGCAUCAGCAACAUCAAACUCUAUGAUGCCUGCAGAUGACUUUUGUAAGAGUUACAAUCCUAUGUGCGAGCCGAAUGAUGAUUGGCCAUGUAAAUUUGAUGAUAGCCCUGAGGUUGGAAGAAGCAACACAGACUUGUUUCCUAAGGAAGAUUGUGGGACUGCCGAACCAUCUUGCAACGGAGAAACUGAGUUUACAUUCCCAAGUGAAGCACCAAAUGAAGCACUGGCGGAUGAUGAUGAAGAAGUUACUGAGUCAAAAAUUCAGGCAUUUUUGGAUGAAAAGGCUUUUGAUCUCAAAAAACUGCAAGAAGAGUUCUAUAAUACGAUAAAUGUGGCCUCCCCAAAAGCUUUUGGGGCUAUGGAUGGUGCUGCUAGUAAUCUACCUUCCAAAAGUAAGUCACCUGCACCAGUACCCAGCAGACGACUGUCUACCGCUGUUGAUGUUUCCAAGAAUAUGAGUCCUGGGAGCCACUGCAGACCUGUCCUGGAUAUGGAUGGUCCAAGAGAGCAACCUUUAAAAGAGCUACCUGAGAUCAGAGAGCUACAGAAAGAAGGACACAGUUCAAGUCCAAGCUUCUCUGAGAGGCAAAGGAUAUGGAAGGAAGAACUCGACAAAGAACUGGAGAUGGAAAGAGGCAAGUAUAACAUUUGCAUUUUAAGUUAGUAACUGACAUCUGAGUUUGUUGUUUUCCUCACAUCUCAAAUCUCAUAUGUUGCCGUUUCUUAUAUGUCAGACUGCUAUUAAGAAUUCGCACUCUAGCAUUUUAAGCAGGCUAUUCACUUUUAUGUUCCUUUUGCCAUCAGUUUGAUUUGAUCUGACCAUUACUUGUGGGAAAAAGCCCCUACAAUUUUGUUCAGUUUCAAGUUUCUCAGGUAACUUUAAUCAAAUUUGAGCAGUCUAAAAUCUAAAUAUCUUUUAGAGAAUUCACUCUUAUGUUCCAUUUGCCAUUAGUUUGAUUUAAUCUCACCAUCACUUGUGGGAAAUAGCCCCUACAAUUUUGUUCAGUUUUGAGUUUCUCAGGAAACUUUUAUCAAAUUCAAGCAGUGCAAAUAUCUUCUAGAGAACAAUUUAAUGAGUUUAGAAUACACACCUGUGAGAAAAAAUAGAUUUUGAAAUUCAAAGGAUUUAGACAACAACUAAAUUAUAUUUUCUGAAUUUCUUCUGGGAAUGGGACAAAGAAUGUUCCAUGGUCAAAUAAGUGAUUGUGGCUGAUGAGCAGUGGGUUGUUGGAGGUCUGGGUGGAUGGUAGAAUGGGGGUGACGGAAGGAUUAAGGAUGGAGAGAAAGAAUUCGACCCUGUUCUCAAAAGCCUUCCCUUGCGUUAUGGUGUUUUCAUUUUCAAAAAGAAUAAUUAGUGUUUUCAUUUUCAAAAAGAACAAUUAGGAAACUAGAUAUGGAAUUUCAGAAUUUCUUUUAAAUGUUGACAACACAGCCUGAAUAUGCUCACUUUGGACCAGGCCAAUAUGGAUCACGGUGUUUGCACUUCGUAGCUUGUGAAAUUGUGGGAGAAAAGGAAUUUGAUCAUCUUCUGAAAAGCUUUUCCUUGUGUUCUAGUGUUCUCAUUUUGUAAACGAACAGUUAUUACACUAGAGAUGGGAAAUCAGAAUAUUUUACUUUUUAAGUUACUUUUUAAGAGGCUUGCCAGUUGCUCAGCUGCUAUACUUUUUUUGGUGGGGAACGGUAAAACUUACUUCAAAGAUAAAUCAUCUUCCAAGGCCAUACUGUGGACAAACCACCCUCAGCAACUUUAAGAAAUUACAAGGUGGAAAACAGAGCAUAGGGUGCAUGACAAUUAGCUUUUAUCCAGUCACGUCAUGAAAGAAGGCAUUUCUCUUACACAGAAUACUUUAGCACUUUCCUCAUCAAAAAUUGAAGUAAACUCUACCACUUAUCAAAAAUCAGACCUCUCUAAACACAAUCUCGGGAAAUAUCUAUUUGAUUCUUGCAACUUUCUCAAGUUCCUUUCACGCCUGGUUUCGUAGGUGGUAUCAGUGAGAGACUGAGAGUAACCUUUGGAAGUCUGCUACUAGAUUAUUUCGGUUUAUAUUCAUUAUCCACCAGUGUAGUUCUCUUCCAAAAAGAAAGCAAGCUUUGCCAGAGAUGAUCGGGAAAUUCACAAUUGAAUAAGUUGCCUCCACAAACUCCAUUGCUAUAACCACAGAAAGAACAGUAGUAUGUACUAAACUGACACUUGAGAAGAAAGAUGAUAAUAGGUUAUCACACAUAGAUGCUGCUGUAGUGGCAUUAUCUUCGGACAAAUAUAACAUUUUUUUUGUUAUUUUAUAUCAAAAAAGUCCCCCUAAUAUAUUGUAUCAAGUUGACAUUUCAUUGCUGGUGCUCAGAUGCUACUGAUCUGUGGCUUUGUAAAGAACUUUGCAGUGCAUAUAUUGUGGAAUUAGAGACUUUUUUGCGUUUAUGAAUUGUUAAAUGAAUAUAUGCCUACAACUAUAACGCAGGCCAAGUAAUAGGUUGGCAGAUGCGCUUGUCAAACAUUUGCAGCUUGAAAAUGUUGCAGGAAUGAGUCAAACGACUUGUGUAGAAGUUGAGCGUUUUCCCUGAGUGUGUUUUUUUUUGUUCCUGGGGGAAAGGGAUUGCAGAUGACCCAGCCCACGGAACAAGUCCAGUGAAGGAUUUGAACGAAUGCCCGAGCUAGCUUUAAGGCUUCACUUUCUUUUAAGCUCGCUGCGUGCUAAUGCCCAUUUAAAGAAAAAGGGGAAGGCUAAACUCAUUAGGAUAGUUCAAUCCUCUCUCUCUUGAGUAAGCAAGUAAACUACCUAUUUGAUGUGUAAAUCAAUCUUGCGGAAUCUACUCAUGUAAGCUCCAUUUUGUCGGUGCAAUGUGGUAUCUCAUCUACUGUUCGUUGAAUUUUCAACAGCCUGGAGACUUUUUCAAACUAGGAGAUGUCCAAUAUUAGACUUGCAUCACUUUUAAGCAUCUCUAGCAAUGAAUCCCAGAAUUUCCAUAUAAAACUGGGUGAUUCAGUAAGGUGGCACAGCCAGUCACUUGAGUUUUUAUCUAUCAAAUUCCCCCUCACAUGUCUGACCAUAUGAAACUCCUUUGCAGAGAGACUCGCAGAAAGAUUACGGCAAGCAGGAGGGAAGACAUCUUCCCCAAAUAAACGGGUUCCCAGUCAACAAAGGGAUAGGUUACCGUUUGCAUCCCCGCCAAAAUGAGUACAUGUUAUUAUGUCUCUGGUCAGAUGCUUCGAGGAAGACGUGCUUGCCAGGAAAGCACGAAUGUAUCUAGCAGUAUUUUUGGUAAAGAAAGUUGUGUGUUAAAUAAUACUCCCAUAUAGCGGCCACCUAGAAGUGUUACCAUGAAUAGCAGGUUGAUCAAUUGUACCAGUCUUCUGGAGGGUGUGAAGAGGGCCGACAAAUCACAUCUUCAUUCAGUACUUUGUAGUUUUCAUAUUUCUGCUGCUCAAGCGCGAUUUGUAAGUUUUAUGCUGAAUUCUAAGAAUGUGAUGAGUUUUUCUUUGGCGAUAAUGAAGAUUUUAUAGCAAUGUAUAAAGGGAUUGAUAACCGGUUGAUGUAUAAGGGCUCCAGAGGUUGUUUGUCUGCUUUAUAAUGACCAAGAGCUGACAAACCAGUUCCCUGUA